AUGACGACCACACCUGCCACCCGAUUGACUUGGCGAGACCUAAUGGAGAAGGGGGAAGGCGCUGAUGAUGAGACUGCUUCGCCAAACGAGCGACUACUUUGGGACAACAGACAGGACAAUCUUUAUUUGAACGCACUGUCUCCCAUGUUGACUCGUAAAGGAAGGAAACGCGCCAGAAGCUCGUCGCCCGUGUCGUCGCCCAUUGCGGAAAAGCCAAAUACACCUUCAGUCAACGUCAAAAAGCUCGCACAGGCUCUCAAGUCGCCACACGCAGACCCAACGUUAGAGCUCUGGGAUCGAUACUCCCUGAAUGGAACCGAUACUGCAGACACCCUCGGACUAGCAAAUCCAACACUGGCGCAACUAAUAGUAUCUUCUUCGCCAAGGCCGAAUAAACCAGCGGCCGGUGAAGCUAGUCUGCGACGAGCGAUCAGUUGUGGGUUGAACUGGCCCAAGAGGAGAAGAAUUGAAAGAUCGACUUCAGGUUCAGGAAGUCGACUGAGCAGUGAGAAGGAAGAGCUGGAGGCUUCGAAAUCUUCAAUGGUAACGGCAUUGCUCGACACGGUGACUAGUAGCAUCAACGGACAGACCGAGGAGACCCAAGAUACACCAGAAUCUCCAUCUCCUAAGAGACGGGUAUGCGCUACUAGUAGUGGCUCUCCAGUCCAGCUGAAACCCCAACCUAGACCUCAACCUCAAAUACCGCCGCCACCUAUGCAAGCCCGUGCGCAGAGGCAAGCUCGAUCGCCGACCCCGAUCAAGGUCACGGGGCCUGCUGUUUCCUCGGACUACGGGGGUGAUGACUUUGAUGAUGAGGUUGACGAUGACACCAUGCUACAAUUGGAAGCGAGCAUCACCGCGACCCAAUCGGAAAUGGAACCUCGGCCUAAGACACCUAAAAACACACUACCGGACGAGUUCGACGAUAAAAUGGACGAAUUUGAGGACUUCGAUGAUGACAUCUUUAACGAAGCAGAAGACCUCAUAACAACCGAUUCGCAACAGGUGCCCCAAGCCCCCACAACAACUAAAACUGUCGAUCUGGACGAGGAUUUCGGCGAUGCCUUUGAAGAGGACUUUGAUUUCGAAGCCGUGGAACUGGCAGCAACGCAAGCAGCCCAAAAUUGCUCUGGAGACAGCCGGAAACCGAAAACAAUUCAACGAUACCUGGUUACGAAUGUUUUAGAGGACGAACACACGGAUCAGUACGGAAACGCACGGCCAGAAAAGAUCCUUCUCAUCCAGGCUGACAACUCGAAACACAUCAAGACAGUUCAUUUAAGGGGGUCGUGGUUUGAUACGCCGGCUCAUGCAGAUGCCUAUGUCCAUGUUAUAGGCGACUUUACUGCAAGAGGCCAAUGCGUUGUCGACGAUGCGCAGAACCUUCUCAUUUUACAUCCCGAUCAACUUAUAUCCGCCACUGUAGUUGCUGAUUCUUUUGGAUGCAUGCGCCGCGCCGUGCUUCAAGAUCGAGUCAAGGCUACAAGCCCACCAACACCACCACUUAUUUAUGGAACUAUGCUACACGAAAUAUUUCAGGAGGCACUUCUUGCUAACCAGUGGGAUUUGCCAUUCCUUUGCAGCGUCAUUGAGCGGAUCACAGAAAAGCAUGUCGAAGAUCUUUACACCAUCAAAGUCGGCAUACCGUCGGCCAGGGAGCACUUACAGUCGAAGAUGACCGAGCUGAGCUACUGGGCUGGCUCCUUCGUCUCUUCGCAAGCCAAACAUGAUGCAGUUGUGGAAGACCGGAACGGAAAGAAGGCCAACAUGGCUGUUACCAAGCUUCUAGACGUUGAGGAACAUGUCUGGUCUCCGAUGUACGGGCUGAAGGGCAAUAUCGAUGCAACCGUUGAAGUUGCGAUGCAAGAUGGAAAGAAUGUUCGCACCUUGACUGUGCCAUUUGAGGUAAAAACUGGCAAGCACGCAAACAGCAACCAUAUGGCACAGACAGCACUCUACACACUGCUCUUAUCAGAUCGAUACGACAUUGAGAUCGCGUAUGGCAUUCUCUACUACAUGGAAACGUCAAAAACAAUGCGCAUCCCUGCAAUUCGACAUGAGCUCCGACAUAUGAUUAUGCAACGAAACCAGCUGGCAUGCUACGUCCGUGAGCGAAGCGUUCAGUUGCCGCCGAUGCUCAAGAGUAAGCAUAUGUGUGGCAAAUGCUACGCAAAGACAUCAUGCUUCAUCUACCACCGACUGGCCGAUGACGGCGACGGCGAGUCAAGUGGAAUGAAUGAGAAAUUCGACGAGCUCGUCAAACACUUAACUCCCCAUCAUCAACAGUUUUUUAUUAAAUGGGAGAACUUACUUACCAAGGAAGAAAAGGAGAGCCAGAAAACCAAGAGAGAACUGUGGACGAUGACUAGCGUUGAGCGUGAAAAGAAGUCACGGUGCUUUGCCGAUGUUAUUAUUGAAGAGGGAUCAGCGUCAGUCGACACGGACAACCCCAAGAUCAAUCGUUAUCACUAUACCUUUAUCAAACGAAACCCGAUAGCCGGGUUUUCGUUUCUCGAGUCUGAGCUGACGGUGGGAGAGCCGAUUGUGGUUUCUGACGAGGAUGGCCACUUUGCCUUGGCCAUUGGCUACGUUACAGCAGUUAAGAGACAGCGAAUUAGUGUCGCGGUUGACAGACGUCUUCACAAUGCUCGAAUUCGACAACCUGGGUUUGAUGAGGUCGACAAUCAGGUCUUUGCCAGUAUUAUGGACGUCGCCCAUGAGGGUGCAACCCAGGAUGAAAGUACGGGUAAGAUUAAAGAGGCCCCUAUCAGAUACCGACUCGACCAGGACGAGUUUAGCAAUGGAAUGGCAACUGUCCGAAACAAUCUCGUGCAGAUGAUGGCAGACGACGUUUUCGGGGCGAGACAAAUUCGACGACUCAUAGUUGACCUGGAGGGUCCCAGAUUCAAGGCAGCUCCAACUCAGUACACCGUGUCGGAUCGAGAUAACCUCAAUGUUGACCAGCGUCGAGCCAUCGAGAAGGUCAUGAGUGCUCAGGACUACGCACUUGUUCUUGGAAUGCCGGGCACUGGAAAAACAACAACCAUUGCUCACAUCAUUCAGGCUCUGACGUCCCAAGGGAAGAGUGUACUUCUUACUUCACACACUCACACGGCCGUCGACAACAUUCUGCUUAAACUCAAGUCGGACAAGAUACCUAUUCUUCGUCUUGGUGCCCCCGCCAAGGUGCACCCUCAAGUUCAGGAGUUUGCUACUCUUGCCGGCCAUCCGAUGAAGUCGUUUGAAGAAAUCAAGGAAGCCUGGCACGGAACGCCGAUUGUUGCUACGACAUGUCUCGGUAUCAACCACCCCGUCUUCCAUGAGCGGACAUUCGACUACUGCAUUGUGGACGAGGCCUCUCAGAUUACCCUUCCCAUUUGCGCUGGCCCCAUAAGGAUGGCUCGUACCUUUGUCCUCGUUGGCGAUCACAACCAAUUGCCCCCCGUGGUGAGGAACGAAGAGGCGCGUGAGGGCGGUCUUGAUGUCAGCCUGUUCAAGCUCUUAUCUGACACUCAUCCCGAGUCGGUCGUCAACCUGGAACACCAGUAUCGUAUGUGCGAAGACAUCAUGGCUCUUAGCAACACGUUGAUCUACGAAGGCAAGCUUCGGUGCGGCACAGAACAACUCAAAAAGAAGAAGCUUCACAUCCCGCGCAUGGACGCUCUGAUGCAGCGGCACUACGAUGCAUCAACCAUUCACGCGGCAACGCCUAGAUCGUUCUGUCCCGCGCCUGGCCCCAACCGAUGCUGGCUAUAUGACCUCCUUGACAGUGAAGCUCGGGUGCGUUUCAUUAACACCGAUACCAUCCAGCCACCUGUACGCGAAGAAGCCCAGGGAAAACGUAUCGUCAACUCGGCUGAAGUUCGCAUCGUCUCCCAGCUUGUUGAAAGUUUGUUGACGAUUGGAAUUCCGGACACAGAGAUUGGUGUUAUGACACAUUAUCGAGCGCAGCUAUUUAUGCUGAAAGACAAGCUCAAAGCAUUCUCUGGGGUAGAGAUGCAUACAACAGACCGUUUUCAAGGUCGGGACAAGGAAGUUAUAGUCCUUAGUCUGGUACGAAGCAAUGAAGCUUGUAAUAUUGGAGACUUAUUGAAGGAUUGGAGACGAAUUAAUGUGGCUUUCACACGAGCAAAGACGAAGCUGCUCGUCGUGGGAAGCAAAUCGACGCUCAAGGGUAGCGGCAGUGACAGCAUGCUGAGCCAAUUCAUCUCUCUAAUGGAGGAUCGAAAUUGGAUUUAUGAAAUGCCUGCAAAUGCUUUGGAGAAUCAUUAUUUUGAGGACUUUGGCACACAAAUUACGACCGCGGGUGCUACGCAAAAGACAAAGUCACCAAAGAGGAAAGCCGUUGGAAAGGAGAAUAGGAGACAUUCACCAAAAAGGGCCAGGAUUAGCGACAAGGCGUUAUUAAAGGGCAAACUCAUCACAAGGGAUAUUUUAAACGACAUGACUGAUGGCGCAUACGUUUGA